ACGUGCGUGUUUGUGAGCAUCUGUUUCUGUACUAUGUUUCUUAAAAAAUAGUUAUAGGUGGCUUUAUAUCUUUCCAAAUCUCCUGCAUCACUGUUUAACAAUUGCGAGUACGUCAGAGAGCGUCUUGCUAGCAUAGUUUUAGGCUGAUGAGGUGGAGCGGUUAUCCUACAUCUUGGCCUAAAAUCUAGCCCCCUUUUCUAUGCAUAAAUAAAUGACAUUCUUAUAAAUAUAAUUUCUUUCAAUAAUAAUAAUUGUUCUAAAACGAGCUGUUUUUCCUUGCUCCAUCAUAUUCAAAAUAUAUGUCCUUAGGACAUCAACACGAUCUACUGUGCGAGGAUUUGACCAAUAAUUUACAUGAAAAUAUGAUGCUUCUAAUAAUAAUAAUAAUUAAGUACAUUGAUUGUACCUUUCAUGGUGAUCUAUUAGCAUCUAUUAUAUAUUGUCAAAUUUAAAAAAAGUUUGACAGACAAAAAUUUUAAAACAACAACCUAUGUUUCGAACUGGAGGGAGUAUUAAGCACCAAAUCGUGAAACAUGCAAAAUAACUGUUGCGAAGGGCGGAAAAUGGUAUCAUCACCCGGUAGGACUAGAGAUUCCUCACAUCCGUCCGUAACAAGUCAUGGAGACGUGUACGAAAGUUGAGACUGGAUAUCUGGGCCCUAAUCCAUCAUGCAACACCUUUCUUCACACGUCAACUUCCCCGCUCCCCAACCCCAACCACAACUCCACAAAAUUUGUGACAAACGAACGAGGAUGUCAGUCUGUGAUGAACAUGGGCAAUGCAGCUUUGCCGUCAUACCACAACAAUGCUAAAUUUCUUGAUCUCAAGGGUCAGCUGGAUGCUUAGAGCAAUAUGGUAUAACUUGAGGACGCAAGUUUUUCUCCCCUGCAGUUGUGCUCAGCCAGUUGCUUGAGUUUCAGCGGAAAAGAAUUGCUUUCUCGGGUCAAUAAGCAACAUUUUGUUUGUUCUCGGUGCCUUGUUCUCUGCAUGCACUAACAAUCAAGCAUGUCAUCAGAGCAUAAGAUGUUUCAGACGCAAGCAAAGUCCAAUGAUAGCAAGGGACGCCUACUCCAUCUCUUGCUUCCCUGUACCAUUCUCUCAGUGCCUCAGAUAUCCAAACCUUUCGUUGCAAGCCUUCUCCUCCAGCUUGCUGCCCCCUUUUGCCUCUUGAUCGUUCUUAACCUCUGUUUUCUCAUGCUCCUCUAUCUGUUCCGUUGAGCAAAGAAAAAAAGGAGCUACCUUUGAGUAACCAUACAUAUGACAGAUAUCCUGCGAAAUCUCGUGCAUUAGAUAAUUUUUUUUGUUUCGAUCUUCCAAUUUCAGAGAUGGCGGACCAUUUCGUGGUAAUGGCGGGCCGAUUGCUCACGGAGUCGACUCUUCAGUCUGCCAUUGAUGAGGCCUCCGAUGCGCCUUCUUCCACAAUGACUGCGUGUGAUGAUGCCGCUGUUGAAGAGGGCAGGGCAACGAGUAGCGUCUUGGUAGAAUGCAGAAUCUGCCAGGAUGAUGAUGAUGAGGCCUACAUGGAGGCCCCUUGCUCCUGCAAGGGCAGCUUGAAGUACGCUCAUCGCAAAUGCAUCCAGAGGUGGUGCGACGAGAAGGGAGACACCAUAUGCGAGAUCUGCCUUCAGCAAUUUACACCGAAUUACACUACCUCUUCAAAGCUGUUUCAGCAUGGAAGAAACACGAUUUUCUUCAGCGCUCCUGGUUACAUUCAAGCACGGCCGUACGCUGACCAAACAUCUGUCACAUCAACAAGCUACGAGUACGACCGCCAGACUUCAACUCCUACAGGCGUAAUCUGCUGUCGCAUAAUCGCUAUAACCUUGAUGGUUCUCUUGGUCCUCCACGACGCCCUCUCGGUUCUCCUCGGCGACCAAGGCGCCUAUACCGUCGCCAUGCUCACUAACAGCGGGAGUCGUCAUACCGGUGUACAUCAUACUGGUAGCGGUUGCCGAGCUGCUUCAUCGGCGCAGCCGGCGGCAGGGUGUGCACGAGCAGGUUUCAGAAACUGUGGGAGCGGAGAGCGCGCAGCCGCAGCAGCACGUCAUCAGCAUCCAGUAGUGUGCGCUGGCUGCGGAACCUUCAACGAACUGGAACGAAGGACUGAGGUUCAGAUGAAAUUUGCCUGUACAGCUUUGCAAUUGUACAUAGUAGGUGUAUAUUUGGCUGCUGCCGGCAGCUUUGUAUAGAGACCAUUGUACGUGAUUACUCUCUUCAAAUGAAGGUGAAGUGGGCUUCCUGUGCAUAACUAGAUGAUGUACUAGCUGAGAAUCGAUUUGUCAAGCCGAUGCAGAGAAAAAUGGAAGGCGAAUUGACGGUUUCAUUGUUUGUGUAUGGGCGUGGUGCAUCAAAGAGCGUGUCAUGCCA